GUUAAGAUGUGGGACGUGAACUGGUUCUGUCAAGUCAAGCGUUUGUGACAGAACAAGUCCUCAACUCAUUUUGUAAGGUUGCAGUCCAAGUCCAGGCAGCCUCUUUUAUUCAUAACAAUUACUGGAUCUGCACAUGGGGCGUCUAUCCUUUUGAUGUUUCAGAUGGAAUCAGCUUUUUAUUUUGAAUUGUGAGUUCAAAUAGCCUGGUGGAUUCAAAAGCAUUUGAUCUACUUUGAAGACACAAAAUGAUCUUCAUUACUGCUGAAAAACUACAUUUUGUUUUUUAUUUGUCAAUAGGUCUACUGAGUGUACCACUGCUUAUAGAAUGUGACAAAAUUAGGCUGGUCGGCGGGCCUUCCAAUUGCUCUGGUAGACUUGAGGUCUACCACAAUGACAGUUGGGGAACGGUGUGUGAUGAUCAUUGGAGCAUUGCCAACGCUGACGUGGUGUGUCGAGAGCUAAACUGUGGGACAGUUCUUGAUGCCAAAAACGGCGCCUUUUUUGGAGAGGGACAGAACAGGAUCUGGUUGGAUGAUGUUCAGUGUACUGGUCAUGAGCCUUCUGUCCUCAAGUGCCCACAAAGACCAAUGGGGGAAAAUAACUGUCACCACAGUGAAGACGCGGGGGUUGUCUGUUCAGAAUAUGUGAGAGUGGUCAACGGAAGCAAUCUAUGCAGUGGUCGAGUGGAAGUCCACCAUGAUGGCAACUGGAAACGAGUGUGUAAUGACUGGACCAAGGCAGACGCUGACGUGGUGUGCCGAGAGAUUAACUGUGGCCCUCCUGUCGAUCAGGCUGAAGUGCUAUAUUUUGGAGAGACACAUGACCUGGGUGGCGUCAAACCCAAGUGCUUUGGGAAUGAGAGCUCUCUCUCACAGUGCAGACUUCAGGAAUUCAAGGAAAGCUGUGUCAGUGCUACUGUUGUCUGUACAAACAAACUACUUCGGCUGAGUAACGGGACUAGUCGGUGCUCUGGCCGAGUGGAAGUCUACCACAAUGGACAGUGGGGAACGGUUUGUGAUGACGGAUGGGGGAUGCCAGAAGCAGAUGUUGUAUGUCGAGAGAUGAACUGUGGGAGUGCUCACUCGGUCCAGUACAGGGCGUUUUUUGGCAGAGGUCAGGAUCAGAUUUGGUUGGACGAUGUUGAGUGUGCUGGUCAUGAGAAGUCUCUUGCUGACUGCCCUCACAGAGGUUUUGGAAAACACAACUGUGCCCACGGUGAAGAUGCUGGUGUUGUAUGCUCAGAUUCAGUCAGAUUGUUCAAUGGGACUGACCGCUGCUCUGGCAGAGUGGAGGUCUUCCACAAUGGCCAAUGGGGGAAAAUUUGUAAUAACUGGGGCAAUGAAGAUGCUCAGGUGGUGUGUAAUGAACUCAAUUGUGGCCCUCCAAAACCAACUCAAGAAAGCUUAAAUUUUGGUGACAGUGGACUGAGAGCCUAUACAAGUAGAUGCUCUGGCAAUGUGACCUCUAUCUCCCAAUGCACACUUCAAGAAUUGACAGGGAGAUGUGAAGCUGUUUCUCUUUCAUGUGGAGGUAAACCACCACUAAGGCUUGUCAAUGGCACUGACAGAUGUUCUGGUAGAGUGGAGGUUCAGCAUAAUGACCAGUGGGGAACGGUGUGUGAUGACCAGUGGGACAUCAAAGAUGCUGAGGUGGUGUGCAGAGCCAUGGACUGUGGAACAGCUAAGACAGCCAAAUCCAGUUCCUUCUUUGGUCAAGGCCAAGGAGCCAUCUGGCUGGAUGAUGUAGGCUGUAUCGGUAAUGAGACGUCUCUUAUGCACUGCCGACAUUCCACCCUCGGACAACAUGACUGUGGUCAUGGGGAAGAUGCCGGUGUGGUGUGCUCAGCUAACAUUAGACUAAUCAAUGGGACUGACCAGUGCUCAGGCAGGGUGGAGUUCUACCAUGGUGGCCAAUGGUCAGCAGCAUAUAAUCUUACCUGGGGGAUGAAUGAAUCUGCAGUGGUGUGCAGAGAGAUGAAUUGUGGAGAUCCUGUCAAGUUGUCAGGUUCAUAUGGUCAGGGUAGACAUUCAGGAGGGUAUACGAUCAGUUGUAGCGGUAGAGAGAGCUCUCUCACACUGUGCACAGUGAGAGAAUACGUCAGGACCGGGCACGAUCACUUUGAAGAGGCAUCUGUCCAAUGUUCAGGUAAUGUGAAGUUAUCUGAUGGGCCCAGUCAAUGUGCUGGAAGAGUGGAGUUCUACGACAAAGGCCAGUGGGGGAAUGUGUGUGGUGAAUCCUGGGAUGUGAAUGAUGCAAAUGUGGUGUGCAGACAGCUGAAUUGCGGGAGGACUCAUAAAAUUACCACUGCGGCUGAGUAUGGCCAUGGUACGGGACAGACCUGGAUUGAUCAAAUUGAAUGCAAUGGAAAGGAGUCAACACUGAGUCAGUGCCCACAGAGCCCAUUUAGAUACAAACCUUGCAACACAAGCUCAGUUGCUGGUGUUGUCUGCACAGGAAGUUUGGAGGUCCGGUUGGCUAAUGGUAGAGAUGAAUGCUCUGGCAGAGUAGAGGUCCGUCAUGGCAAUGUGUGGCAAACGGUUUGUGACACAGACUGGACCCUGAGAAAAGCUGAGGUGGUGUGUGAGCAGCUGGAAUGUGGAAAGGCAUUGAGCGCUCCUGGCGCUGCCCAUUUUGGCCAAGGCAAUGGAUCAGUAGUGGAGGCUAGCAAUUCAUGUUUUGACAAUGUGACAUCUCUUCAGCAAUGCUCACUCAAAGGUUUCAGAGGAGCAAGGUGUGGGCACGAACAUGAUGCUUCUGCUCUAUGUGCAGGUAAUCCACCACUAAGGCUUGUCAAUGGCACUGACAGAUGUUCUGGUAGAGUGGAGGUUCAGCAUAAUGACCAGUGGGGAACGGUGUGUGAUGACCAGUGGGACAUCAAAGAUGCUGAGGUGGUGUGCAGAGCCAUGGACUGUGGAACAGCUAAGACAGCCAAAUCCAGUUCCUUCUUUGGUCAAGGCCAAGGAGCCAUCUGGCUGGAUGAUGUAGGCUGUAUCGGUAAUGAGACGUCUCUUAUGCACUGCCGACAUUCCACCCUCGGACAACAUGACUGUGGUCAUGGGGAAGAUGCCGGUGUGGUGUGCUCAGCUAACAUUAGACUAAUCAAUGGGACUGACCAGUGCUCAGGCAGGGUGGAGUUCUACCAUGGUGGCCGAUGGUCAGCAGCAUAUAAUCUUACCUGGGGGAUGACUGAAACUGCAGUGGUGUGCAGAGAGAUGAAUUGUGGAGAUCCUGUCAGGUUCUCAGGGUCAUAUGGUCAGGGUAGACAUUCAGGAGGGUAUACGAUCAGUUGUAGCGGUAGAGAGAGCUCUCUCACACUGUGCACACUGAGAGAAUAUGUCAGGACCGGGCAAGAUCGCUUUGAAGAGGCAUCUGUCAAAUGUUCAGGUAAUGUGAAGUUGUCUGAUGGGUCCAGUCAAUGUGCUGGAAGAGUGGAGUUCUACGACAAAGGCCAGUGGGGGAAUGUGUGUGGUGAAUCCUGGGAUGUUAAUGAUGCAGAUGUGGCGUGCAGACAGUUGAACUGCGGGAGGACUCAUAAAAUUACCACUGCGGCUGAGUAUGGCCAUGGUACGGGACAGACCUGGAUUGAUCAAAUUGAAUGCAAUGGAAAGGAGUCAACACUGAGUCAGUGCCCACAGAGACCAUUUAGAGACAAAACUUGCAACACAAGCUCAGUUGCUGGUGUUGUCUGCACAGGAAGUUUGAAUGUCCAGUUGGCUAAUGGUAGAGAUGAAUGCUCUGGCAGAGUAGAGGUCCGUCAUGGCAAUGUGUGGCAAACGGUUUGUGACACAGACUGGACCCUGAGUAAAGCUGAGGUGGUGUGUGAGCAGCUGGAAUGUGGAAAGGCAUUGAGCGCUCCUGGCGCUGCCCAUUUUGGCCAAGGCAGUGGAUCAGUAGUGGAGGCUAGCAAUUCAUGUUUUGACAAUGUGACAUCUCUUCAGCAAUGCUCACUCAAAGGUUUCAGAGGAGCGAGGUGUGGGCACGAACAUGAUGCUUCUGCUCUAUGUGCAGCACAGAUACGGGCGGUUGGCGGCUCAGGUCAAUGCUCUGGUAGAGUGGAGAUCUUCUAUAAAGGCCAGUGGGGAACUGUGUGUGAUGAUGAGUGGGGAAUGAGCAAUGCAGAUGUGGUAUGUAGACAGCUUGGCUGUGGUCAUGCCAUUUCUGCUCCUGUGAGUGCCCACUUCGGUAGAGGCACUGGUCCAAUAUGGCUGGAUAAUGUGAAUUGUAGAGGCGAAGAGCCUGCUCUCACACAUUGUACGCAUCCCGGUUUGGGAGCAAAUAACUGCGGGCACGGUGAAGAUGCUGGUGUUAUCUGUUUAGGUGCGCUACAGAAGCCCCAAAUCACUUUCAGUCCGGCUCCGGAGGUAAACUGGGGUGAAAGAGUUGAGAUCACCUGCAGUGUAGUAACAGAGCACAUGGGUGGGACAUUCGUCCUUAAAAAGACUCAAGGAUCAUUUCAAAUGAAAAAAAUCUCAGAGAACGAAGCUGCAACCUUUAUCUUACCUAGAGCGAACUUCAGCCAAAGGGGGUCAUACUUCUGUGAAUAUCAAAAGAAAUUACCUAAUCAAGUCAUCUAUUAUCCUCAAGGAAAUACUGCUGAGCUCUCCGUCAUAGUGAAAUUGGACAAGCCCAGAAUCUCCCUGACAUCUCCGCAUGAAAUGGUGAUCUACAGCCCUGACAAAAUAUCGGUCACCAAAGGCAGCAGCUUCUCCAUCACAUGCUCCAUUCACUCUACAUAUCCGGGAGGUUUCUUCUAUCUGACAAAGUCUAACAAGAGCACAGUCGCUUCACUGUCAGCAUUUGGCCACUCUAUCUUGUACAUGGCCCACUUUGAAUUCCCUGCUCUCGAUUAUACAAACCAAGGAGAGUAUAACUGUGUCUACGGGCUUAACAUGUCUUCAAUGUCCUUCUGUUCUGUUCCCUCCAAGUCACUUCAAGUCACUGUAAUUGCAACUUUAUCCUCUUCAGUGGUCUCAGGACUAGUGGGUGGGCUGCUGGUGUUGGUACUCGUGCUGGUUAUAGGUUACCUGGUCUGGAGAAGAAGAAGGCGAGGUGGUGGUACCAUUGUUCAGUUUAGUAACAGGUUUGGAGGAGCAAUAAUGCAGGACGUGGAUGAAAGAAUCCACAAUACCCAAGUGAAUGAGAAUGCACAGAGUCGCAGCCCGGAACACAGCACUGCUGAUGUUGAUAACUCUGUUGAGAGGGUCCCUGAAGACCUGGCUGGGAGAGUGUGUUAUGAGCUUGAACCACUCGUUCUCUCUUGAUAACAAAAGGCUUCAAGGAAUCACCUAUGUCAUGCAAUUUCAUUCAAUUCAAAGAGUAACAUAACACCAAGGUGAAAAAUAGAGCUGGGCAAUAUAUCGAUAUUAUAUCGAUAUCGUGAUAUGAGGCUAGAUAUUGUCUUAGAAUUUGGAUAUCGUAAUAUGAUUGUCUUUUCAA